AUGGACAAACCCCCUUCAUCGGCAUCACCCUCAUCCUCGAACAAGAAUAAAUCCCCCUCGCACGGAACCGCAAACUACAUCUCUUCGUCAGGGCACAUCUUGGAGACACCCCCCCUCUCCGCCCGCAUCUCCCGCCUCUCCGACGACAUCUACAACUUCCUGGGCCUGUACUUGGUGUCCCUGUUCUCGCUCGACCCCUACACCGCGGCCCAGAACAGCCAGUUCAACACCCGUGGCCGCCCCAACGCGUACCAGGAGCGUCCGCGCUGGAGCGGUGGCGGGACGAAUCGUCUCGGCGGCGCCACAGGAUCAGGGAGCAGUUCUUGGGGAAGAGGUGGCAGUGGAGCUGGAGGUGCUGGACCGGCGAGGAGGAUGGGCGGUAUUGACGAUGUGCGCGCCCCGGAGUGUGGAAGCUGUGGCUGA